CCUUUUUCAAGAGAAAAAUCAAGUGGUUCAGAAAUCAACUGUCUCUGAACAUCUUAGCUAACAGGUUAGUCAGUGCACUGCCUGAACUUAAACACACACACCUACAUUCAAACAGUGCUGCUAAACCUCUGGCAUCCAAGAACUGAGUUGCUCAAGUUCCAGCUUGGCACUGCUGCUGUGCGUUGGGAACCUCUGGUUUAGAGAAAACCCUAAGGGACAAGUUGUACUGCCAGUGCCAAGUUAAGAAAGGAAAUACCACGAUCCUUCCCAGGAGAUAAAGGCCAUUUUCUGCCCUCAAAUUUCCAAGGUUAACUGCUCUUGUCUGGCAGUAUGUCAGAUGCGGGUUCCUGUUUCUGGGAAGAAAAGAUACACAAAAUGCACACAAAAGCCGAGGCUGAGAAGAAAGAGAGUAAAGCGCUGUAGUGAAAGUAGUUUGGUGACAGUUUAGAAACAGGAGACGCUGUGGCAGGAAAAGAGAGACAGAAGAGGAUGCAGAAGCGUUGUGCGCUUACAAAGAUAGCCUCCUGCUAUUUAUAUAGGCUUGUGUGAGGGUAUGGGCUGACUGACAAGAUGACGUGCUGUAGCUUGUAGACCGCAGCUCUGAGUGACUUGACUAAGCACACCCUUGAAGAGCACACCACGCCCACAGCACUCACUGACACUACCGGGCCCCAGAAGUCGACCAUACUUCUCUUCUUCCUUGAGCUGCUUUCUCUUCCUCUGCGUCUUGUUCGUUUUUUUGUUUUUUUUUGUGUGUGUGUGUGAUUAGCGACUACAGACCGGUAUGGCGGAGCUGGAGGGCCUGGAGUUUGGGAAGUCAGACUUUGUGCUGCUGGAUGAGGUGACGAUGGAGCAGUUUACUGCGAACCUGAAGCUGAGGUUUGAGAAGGGUCGUAUCUACACCUACAUCGGAGAAGUGGUCGUCUCUGUAAACCCUUACAGACAGAUGGACAGUUAUGGCAAAGACACCAUCGAUGCGUACCGGGGCCGGGAGCUCUACGAAAACCCUCCCCACCUGUUCGCAGUGGCCGAUGCUGCCUACAAAGCCAUGAAGAGAAGGGCCAAAGACACCUGCAUCGUCAUAUCAGGUGAAAGUGGGGCAGGAAAAACGGAAGCCAGUAAAUACAUCAUGCAGUACAUUGCAGCCAUCACAAACCCGAGCCAGAGGGCGGAGGUCGAGAGUGUGAAGAAUGUGCUGCUCAAGUCCAACUGUGUGCUGGAGGCCUUUGGGAACGCCAAGACAAAUCGCAACGACAACUCCAGCCGCUUCGGCAAGUACAUGGACAUCAACUUCAACUUCAACGGCGACCCCACCGGAGGACACAUCAACAACUACCUGCUGGAGAAGUCCCGGGUGGUCCAACAGCAAGAGGGGGAGAGGAACUUCCACUCAUUUUACCAGUUACUGCGUGGAGGCUCGGGUGAAACGCUGGAGUCAUUGCACCUUGUAAAUGAUCCAGCUGUUUAUGCGUAUACCAAAGAGGGAGCUGCAACAGCCACCUCCAACAAUGAUCGCUCAAACCACAAAGCGGUGUUGAGUGCACUGGAUGUGAUCGGCUUCACCAAAGAGGAGAUUAACUCAGUUUAUCAGGUCCUGGCCACCAUUCUCCUGUUGGGUAACAUGCAGUUUGAGAGUGAUGGUGAGAACGUUCAGAUCAUGGGACUCGAAGCUGUGAACCACAUCUCAGAGCUGACAGCCACAGAUCCGGAGAACGUCGCCAAGAGCCUGCUGUACCGCACGGUGGCCACCGGGGGUGGCGAGGUCAUCGAGAAGGGCCACACGGAGCAGCAGGCCUGCUUCGGACGGGACGCCUUUGCCAAGGCUCUCUAUGAAAGACUUUUUGGCUGGAUUGUUGGCCGCAUCAACAGUGUCAUUGAAGUGAAAGACUACAACCCAGUGCUUCAUGGGAAAAACACAGUCAUUGGUGUGCUGGAUAUCUACGGCUUUGAGAUCUUUGAUAACAACAGUUUUGAACAGUUCUGCAUCAACUACUGCAACGAGAAGUUGCAACAGCUUUUCAUUGAGCUGAUCCUCCGACAGGAACAAGGCGAAUACCAGAGAGAGGGCAUCACCUGGCAACACAUCGACUACUUCAACAACCAGAUCAUUGUUGAUCUCGUGGAGCAGCCACACAAGGGCAUCAUCUCCAUUUUGGACGAAGCUUGCCUCACUGUCGGUAACGUCACCGACACAGUCUGCCUGGACAGCAUGGACACCAAACUGGCCCAGCACCCCCACUACACGUCCCGCAAGCUCAGCCCCACUGACAAAACCAUGGACUUUCAGAAACACUUCCGUAUUCGCCACUAUGCUGGAGACGUCACAUAUUCCGUUGAGGGCUUCUUGGACAAAAACAAGGACCUGCUUUUCCAAGAUUUCAAGCGCCUCAUGUACAACAGUGCCAACCCAGUCCUGAAGGAGAUGUGGCCAGAUGGUCAGCUGAGCAUCACAGAGGUCACCAAGCGGCCUCUGACUGCCGCCACCCUCUUCAAGAACUCCAUUGUGGCCUUGGUGGAUAAACUGGCCUGCAAGGAGCCGUACUACGUGCGAUGCAUAAAGCCCAACGACGUGAAGUCGCCGAUGCUAUUUGACGACGCUCGCUGCCAGCACCAGGUGGCCUACCUCGGCCUGCUGGAGAAUGUGAUGGUGCGCAGGGCGGGCUUUGCCUACAGGCAGCCCUAUGCUCGCUUCCUGCAGCGGUACAAAAUGACAUGCGAGUACACCUGGCCAAACCACCUGAUGGCCUCAGACAGGGAGGCCGUGGAGGCCAUCGUCACCCAGCACGGUUUCCAGGACGACGUGGCGUACGGUCUCACCAAGCUGUUUGUCCGAACGCCACGAUCUCUCUACACCCUGGAGCAGGAGAGAGCCGCACUCAUCCCCAUCCUGGUGCUUUUCCUGCAGAAGGUAUGGCGUGGGGCUUUGGCUCGUAUGAGGUGCCGGCGAAUGAGGGCCAUCUACGCCAUCAUGGGCUGCUAUAAGCGCUACAAGGUCAAGGCUCACUUCUGGGAGGUGGAGCGGAGAUUCGCUAAUGUGCGAACUAUGGGCGACUAUGGAAAGACCGUAGAGUGGCCGACCCCACCUGCAGCUUUGGCCCAGUUUCACAAAAAUACAGUCAUGCUGCAUCGCAGGUGGUGGGCGAGGCAGAUCGUGAAGAACAUCCCUCCGUCUGACAUGCUGGAGGUUCGGGCCAAAGUGGCGGCUCUGACUGCUCUGAGCGGUGAGAGGAAGGACUGGGGUGUCAGCAGAGCCUGGGAGAGGGACUACCUGGCCAAUGUGCGAGACUGCCCUCAGACCAGCUCCAGCUUCGUCCGUGUCUCCAAGGAGCUGAGGAACAAAGACGAGUACAGUCAGGUCCUCUUCUCUGGCUUCUGCAGGAAGGUGAAUAGAUUCAACAAGAGCACAGACCGCGGCCUGCUCGUCACAGACAAGUACAUCUACAAAUUAGAGCCAAAGAAGCAGUACAAGGUUUUGAAGAAGCUUCCUUUAGACUCUUUUACGGGACUGAGCGUGACCAGCGGCGUUGACCAGAUGUUGGCGCUACACACGUCCUCUCAGGACGACGUCCUGCUGUGUCUGCAGCGAGGGGAGCUGUGCCCCAACCAGGACCGAGUGGGCGAGCUGGUGGGAGCGCUGGUCGACUACUUCACACGUGUAAGAAAAGUCCACUUUCCCGUGAAGGUUUGUGGUUCAGCCGUGCAGCUUCACAUGCGAGGAAAACCCAAGAGCGUCACCGUGGAGACCAAACCCGGCCAGGCUAAUGCAGAUUUCAAGAAGAGUCGAGACGGUUUCAUCCUGCUGGUCCCUGGCAACUAAAAGAGCCCAUCCAACCAAACUACCUACAGACUGACCUCACAGACCUGGACCUGGACACCACUGGAGCUCUGUGUCUGGGGACGUGUGUCCUCAGCAGAGCCACAGAUCCAAAUCUGAAUUGGUCAAAAUAUCAAUGAGCUUCAUAUAAACAACAAAGACAGGAAUGUAAAUCUACAUCUGUCUCAUCUGACGGGCAGGACUUUGUCUUGAUAAUCAUGUUUACUCAACAAGGAUUUUUUUAAAAUUAUACUUUCACAAAGGUUUUAAAGUAUUAACACAGAGCAGAGCUGGCAGAAUCUGCUUUCUUAAUCCUGAGCUGAAGGAGGACAAUGUCCACCGGACAAUGCCAAAUAGUUUUGGGGGCAAAUUGGGGACAUUAGGAGGUUUUCGUGCCAGUGUAAAGAUUUAGGACACAGCUGCAAUACAUACUUGUAUGAGACUGUCUGAAUGUCUUUUAUCUUCCUUUUUUUUGUUUAUGUUUUACUGUUAUAUAAGAUAUUUGAAGUUAUUUUUUGAAGUCAAGAACGAACAAAAACAUAAAUAAAUGCACUUUUUUAAUGACAAAUUGUACGUCCCAAUGCAUAAAUACAAUCAAGACAAAUUCUUCCAAAUAUAUUUUUGUACAUUUAGUAGAACUGUUGCAAAACCAAAGACUUUUUUUUGUGCGUUAUCUAAUGUUGCAGCCUACAAAAGGCAGACAAGGGCAAUUAUUCCAUGUAAUAAUAAAAAGAAGAAAGAAAAACAAGACGGUGGAAGAAAAUAAUUUAUUCAGGAUUUACUUAAGCGAGUUCUCUGUGUGUUAAUUUCUCCCUAACGCUUUGCCACAUGAACAGACUGCUCUGUAGCUAUAGUCUGCAUUAUGCAGGGAUCAAAAUAUUGUCUUUUAAAUGUGUUCACGACUUUAAAAGAUGACUAAAGACAUGAGAGUAUGAAUGGAAGAGGUCAGGACCCUUUCAGUGUUCUGUUUUUGAUGUUUUUUGAUUCAGUUGAUUUACAGUGUAAGUGUUUUGAUUCUGAUGUUUGCGUGGACACUCCUCCACCCUGCAGGAAGUGACGCACGUAAAGAUUUUCAAUCCAAACUGUCCUCUGAGCAGCAGCAAUUACGCACACUGUCAAGAGAAAACUGGACUCUGUCACGCAAGAGCUAUUUCCUGUCUCGUCCGUUUGGUCUCCUCUGGAUCAGAUCAGCUGGGCAGAUAAACACAUGGAUGCAGAGGAUUUCUAAGGAAGUUCAGAACCUCUCGCUGUCGUUUUUCAGUUUCACUGGUGUAUGAACCGGAACAGUUUAUCAGACUUCAGGCAGCUUCCUCUGGAGCCUCAGAGGGCCUCACACAACUCCUCUGCAGUAGCAGGUAGUCCUCCACAAGACCCAGAAACAGACUCUGAUGUAUAAAGUAGGUGGUUAAGGCUUGAAAGGUUUACUUUAAAUAUGUUCACUAAUAUGUAUUACCAGAGCUUUAAAUCUAGUUACUGAACUGCCAAAGUGUCAGAAACAUAAUUUUCUAAAUGGUUGAUGUUUCAGUUUGGCCUGAAACUCCUCAUAUCUCACUUAAAGGUUUAGUCUGAGAGCUUAAUUCUGUCAUUUGCUGCCAGUUCUCAUCCCGUCUCUCUCCACAGUGACCUGUUAGUGCGACUCAGUGACAGCCUGCCCUCGCUGUGACUUGGCUUUCCCCUUCCUGAUAUACUCCCUGCUGCGAUUCCCCAAAUCUCGCUGCUCCGUAAUACUCUGUGUUUCAGCAUUGGACACAAGUUCAUGUUCAUCCACUCUGAGUCUUCAAAGCUUGAAGUUUUUGUCCACUUCGUCUACAGUGUCAGAUCACCUCUGUUUAGUUGAUCACCAGCUGGUCUCUGAUGGUGUCUGUCUGCUGAACAGAGACCAUCGGCUGCUCAACGAUAGACUGGAAACCACAGCUCUCCUCCCAGUUACAGCUCCACCAAUCAGAGGACUUGCUGAUCCUGUAUGUCAGCCCAUCAUAUUCAAUCAGAAAUGAAGAUUACAGCAUACACGCUGAAUUUAUUGGAUCUGAGGUCCCUGCAGGAUCGUCUGGAGUCCCCUCUGGCGUCGUCCUUCACCCACUACUUAUGGGUGCAUGGCUGAUUGAACCAUCUGUUCCCUCAGCCGGGACGUGCCAGCAAGCGACUGCUCUCCAAGGUCCCAAACUGUACCAGGGUCUGUAAAGAAUCUUGCGGUGGAAACUGACCCUGAUAUCAAAUGAUCUUAUUCCCUUUAAAGCUCAGCUGCAGUGCAGGAUCUUUAUUUCCCUCAGCAUUGUGAUGGGGAAUCUUUUAUUCUUAACUUUUAUGGCUGAAACUGUUCCAGACUCUGAAGUGAUUAAAUUUAUAUUUUUAAAAAAAUG